GCCUGUAAAAAUUAGAUUUUCAUCAUCAUAUAUUAACAGCCAUGAGUGAAAUAGAGAGGUUGAUGCCAGUUUCAUACCGGCGUCUGCUUGAACUGCAACAGCUAGUUGAGGCAUAUGGCAAAGGAGAUGCCACGGUAAUGAGUCAAAUCAUUGGACUUCAGGAACAGCUGUCAGGAGACUGUGAGAGACUGGAUAUACUUGUUAGAAAGGAACCUGCUCACCGUCGACACAACUCCAAGUACAGAUACGACCAGUUAAUGCACGAAAGUAGAGCACUGAAUACAGCACUUCAGAAGUACAGAACCCAGUUCAGUGCACAUGAGAGGCAGAAAACGGAGAGGGAGGAGUUACUGGGCAAACAGUUCACUGCUAAUGAUAACUCAGACACAAUAUUAGCACUAGACGCAGCUUUGUCAUUUAACGAUAAAGUGAGUCACUCCAACAGAGGAAUGGACAGGAUGCUUGAUACAGGAGCUCAGGCUCUCAAACAACUCCGUGAUCAGCGCUCAACUUUAGGGGCUAUCAAGAACCGCAUGGCAGGAAUAGCCAACACUCUCGGUCUCUCCACAACAGUAAUGAAACUAGUAGAGCGGCGAUCAGCUCACGAUCAGUACUUGUUUUAUAUCGGCUGUUUUGUGACUCUUACUGUAAUGUUUUUGUUGUUGUAUUACGUGCUUUGAGCCCACAAUCCUGGGGUUUUUAGUUUAUUAGUGAUGUUAGUGAUUAGCUAAUUAGUGAUUAUACAGUUAAUUCUUUAAUUGUAGGGCGGGUAGAUUAGAAGAUAGUAUGAUAUUUAUAGAAGUUGAUAAGCUUGACUGUGUGUGCUAUUAUCUAUUUGUCCAUUUUUACUGUUCUUUGUAUCAUUCAGAUUAUUCCCCCUUAAAUAAAUGUUAUUCAAUCGCAGUGUAUGUUCAGCUUCGUUCAAUUUUUGUUCAUUUAUAGUGGAAACCGGAAGAAAACUUUGACAGAUUCUUAGCUACAAGAUGAAGGGUUGUGCAGUACAUGUGUACAUGAAACUACGGCUGUUUUUAAAAUAAAAUAGAAGUUAAUCAAUCAGUGCACAAUAACAAAGAUCGAAUUUAAGUUUAUUAAAGCUAAAAUUUGAUGCCAUGAAAGGUUCUAUAUAAUAUUAUAUUAUAUGAAGUUUAACGUGAAAUUUGCAGAUAAAGCUGUUUUAAAUGUAAAUAAUAUCGUUUAUGUUUAAUUGAUAUAUUAUUUGAUUGUGACGUUGAAUCUUGAGAUUUCAGAACAGUGUUUUGUUUCAGCAUUACAUUGAACAUUGUCAAUCUGAA